CCCUCUGUGGUCAUGGAAGUGGGAAAUCUCACCAUCCUGACUGAAUUCAUCUUGUUGGGCUUCUCAGGAGAUUCCCAGCAACAGCUCAUCUUAUUUGGAAUAUUUCUGACACUUUAUUUGAUAACUUUGUCAGGGAACAUGACCCUGGUGAUCUUAAUCCGCAUUGAUCCCCACUUGCAUACACCUAUGUACUUUUUUAUUGGCAGUUUGUCUUUUUUGGAUUUCUGGUAUACCUCAGUGUAUACUCCCAAAAUCCUGGCCAUUUGCAUCUCAGAAGAUAAGCGUAUUUCCUUGGCUGGAUGUGGGGCCCAGUUCUUCUUUUCCUGUGUUGUAGCCUACACUGAGUGCUAUCUCCUGGCUGUCAUGGCUUAUGACCGCCAUGUGGCAAUUUGUAACCCACUGCUUUAUUCAGGAAUCAUGUCCACUUCCCUCUGCACUAGACUCGUUGCUGGCUCCUACAUCGGAGGAUUUUUGAAUGCCAUAGCCCACACUGCCAACACAUUCCGUCUGAGUUUCUGUGGAAACAAUGUCAUUGACCACUUUCUCUGUGAUGUACUACCACUGGUAAAAAUGUCCUGUACAGACACCCAGGUCUAUGAAAAGGUCCUCACAGGUUUGGUGGGCUUCGCAGUCCUUUCCAGCAUUCUUGCCAUUCUGAUUUCCUACUUCAGCAUCCUCCUGGCUAUCCUGAGGAUCCGCUCAGCCUCAGGAAGGCGUAAGGCAUUCUUCACCUGUGCUUCCCACCUCGUCUCUGUUACGCUCUUCUACGGAUCCCUACUCUUCACAUAUUCAAGACCCAGUUCCACCUACUCUCUAAAGAAGGACAAAGUGGCUACCCUGUUUUAUACUGUGGUCAACCCAUUUCUCAACCCUCUCAUCUAUAGCCUGAGAAACAAAGAUGUCAAAGAAGCCUUCAGAAAAGCAACACAAAACCUCUGGCCACAAAGAUAG